AUGUCAACUGAUGCGUUAAAGAAACUACAGAUUUUGAGAAUUUGGAAGCUGGGUACAAAUCUUGACAAAGAGGAGUCGGAUGGUUUGAUCAAACAACUACAGUGUCAUAAAGAGUUUAUCUCGGUGCUUGAAAGUUCUGGUUUGGACAUCGAUGCUAUCUUGGCUACAAUUGGCUCCUUCCCAACUUUGUACAUCAGACAAAUACUCAUUCUCUGGGCAAUAUUUCAAACGACUAUUAGAUCAAAUCAAGCUAAUAAAUAUCCACUUGAUGCAAUUGAUCGAGUUCCAGAGGAAAGAGGACCAAAGAAUAAAGGCAAUUGGAAAUCCAGUACCAUUAGAAAGACUAAUUCCUCCAAGAAGAAGAAAGAGGAGUUGCGACAACAGAAAGAGAUGGAGCAACAACAAAAAGAGAUCGAGCAACUAAAGACGACAACCACCAACACCACAAGAAAGUCAAAGGCAACAAACGAUUCUGUUGCGCAAGCCAUACAGCCACCAACCAGAAAUAGCAAUGGUAGAGGUAGAAAAGCAAGCAAGAAGGUUGUUGUUGCGCCACCUUCAAGUCCCAUUGUAACACCUACUCUUUUACCUGUUGCCAAUAGUGUUACUGCUACUGCUACAGUUAUUGCUCCUGUUACUGCCACUGCAGUUGCAAAGACACCAUCGAGAAAGAGAACACAAGCACAAACGGAUAGCUUGUCGACAUCCGUUCAAUCAAACACUUUACAAUCGGUGCCCGUAGCUAAGCAUACAGCCAUCGAGACUGUUCCACCAACUCAACAAUACGGUCUUUACUAUCCAUUCCCGUUUUACUAUGAGCAAUGUGGUAAUGCCGUCCCUCAGAUGUAUCCACACCUGGUACUCUCUACAUCUUCAUUGGAUUCCUCGCCGAUGUUACUCUCUUCGUCAUCCAACGAACAUCCCAACAAGAGAGCCAAGAUAGAGGAGGAGGAGGAGGAGGAGGAGGAAGAAGUAGAAGAAGAAGAAGAAGAAGAAAAUGUAGAGAGUGACAUCACCAGUGACUUUGACAGUGACAGUCAAAGCGAUAAUGAUAGCCAUCAAAGCGAUAGCGAUAGUCAUAGCUAUCAAAGCGAUAGUGAUUAUGAGAGCGAUGAAGAAAUUGAAGUUGAAGCUCAAGAGCUAAAAGUAGAAGUACAACCACAAUCACAACAACAACAACAAUUUGUAAAAGUAGAGAAAGAUGAAGAAUUUGAGGAUUUUGAAACAUCGUCGGAUUCAACAACAACAACAACUACCACUACCACAACAACAACAUCUGCUAAUCUACCACCACCAUCACCAACACAAAUACAACCGUUACCAAUGACAUCACAAGUACUUGUAGAUACUACCAAUAACAAUCUAAUGGAUGAACACUACAAUCAUAUGAAUAUCAACAACAAUAUGUAUUAUGAUCCAUUCUAUUUCAUUGGAAACAACAUUGAUUCUGGCUAUGGCUAUACCUACUCCGAUGCUUUGAACAACAGCUACAUUCCAAUCGCACCUGAAUCAUUCUACAACACUCAAAACUCAAACAACUAUGAUGAAAUGUUUCAAUACUCACUUUAA